AAAAAUAAAGUUGGCAUAGUUCGGGGCAAACUAUUUCGAUAAUAAUGACUUUCUAUGUCAGUAUUUAACCUGCAAAGUAAAAAUGUGAGGCUAGCAAUCUUAACGUUUUGGGGACUUUUUCCUUGCUGCUUGGAAUCAAUAAGUCGUACUGAAAGUUCUUGAACCUCAAAGAGCAUAUUGUUGAUGUAUUUGGAGAGUUGUUUGUGGCACAGGAACGAUUCCUUGCGAGAUGUGCGUUUUGUGUGUGAAAGUAGGUUAUUCCACCCCAUCGGAGGGUGUAAAUGCAUAAGAUAUUCUGUAAUGGGACACAAAAAUUUGCAUCUAUGAUAAGCGUGAUGCUUUUAUUUUGUCCUUUUUUUAAAAUAGGCAGUAGCAGCAGCAAAGGCAAGCUAUUGAGUAAAUUUGGAAGUUUCUGUUAACUUUCUGAGUUGAUGGUAGUAAAAGGGACAUUACUAUUUCUUAAUGGCAGGGGUGAAUUUGGGGGAUUCAACUCAAAACGUGAAGACUGGUCUCUUUGACUUUCGUGGCAUGUGCCACAAAAUAGGAUUGAAUAGACUUCCUCUGGUGUAAAAUCCUUUCUGCUAAUGUAGUACAUAAAUAGAUUGGGAUAUAGAGAGUUUAUAUUGCCAGUUAGCUUUUGAGGGGAUGCUUAACUAAUGGGAUCUUAGUUUGUGAAAUGAGCUUUCAGUCUUGUUUAAUCUUUAUUUUCUAUUAGGCUGAUGAGGUUUUAGCUGCUCAUCGAUGUAACUGAAGUCUGUGGAAACCAUAUAUGUGAAGCUUGUUGUCUUGUCAUACAUGCUGAAAUGUUUCAGUGCUUAACUAAGUCUAAUGCCUCAAGAUUUGGAAAGAUAUUUGUAGACCAUUAGAAAAACCUUUAUUGUACUAGGGCACAGUAUAGUGUGUAAGAAAAGCAAGUAGGAUGCAUGGCCUGAAAACUCGGGAUUUUUUUUUUUUUUUUUCAAUUACUCGAAAAGUUACUGGGUUACUGAUGUUCUGCAGAAGAUCCACUGCUUAUUUACCCAGUGAGAAACUGGCAUUUCCCUUGAGGUUCAUGUUGUAAUUAAUUGGCUGUUAGCCACAGGAAAUGGAAUAAAUAUUUGAAAGCAUCCUGUAAUGUGUCUUUUGGCAGAAAAGGUAGCUGAGUUUGGUGAACUAUGUGGGAAUAUUUGGAUGGUUUAUAAGGAAAUAUGGUUUUCUUGGCCGGUGAUGGGAAAGUUAGUAUUAGUACAGUGGACUACCAGGUACCAAAAGCACAGCUGAAAUUCUGCUAUAUAUUCAGUUCAUUUACAUCUCUUACAACAUAUUAAAACUUGCUCAUGACAUAGUAAAACUUGCUGCCUGUAUAAUUUGGUUAAGGGAGAGGGUUUUUUGUUGUCUUUGGUUUCUUGGGGCUUUUUUCAGUUCUACUGGUAUUUUUUUCAAUGGCUCUGUAUCUUCAGCUUGUGAGUAGACUAAAAUCUGAAGUCAUGUGUACACAUUCCCUAAGUCCUGCAAGUCUUCUGCCAUAAUUAAUACAGAGGUGGAUGUGUUGGGAAUACUAGAGGAAAAUUGGACUGAACAUAGGAGUAUUUUUGUGUGUGUGCAUGUCCACUGAGUGUGAAUUGUCCCUUUUAAAAAGCUUUAUCUGACAUUAAAUUAGUUGCUACUUUGAAAGUGAAUUAGGGAAUAUGGCCAUCUAGGCAAAACAGUCUUAAAAGGUUGGAGAACAGAUUUAAAAUAGAUAUUGUUCUAGGAACUACAUAAACUGCUUAAAGUUCUACAAUUCAUAUGCUUAUAAUAGUAGUAGACUGCAGUACUUCUUAUAAAUAGUCAGCAUAUUGAGAGGUUGUGAAAUUUUGCAUAAUCCUUAACCAGUGUAUAAGGGUUUGUUUUAAUAGAGUGGUAACACUGCUGAGAGUCACUCUGUGAGCUCAGGUGGAAGCACUCUGCUAUUCUGCUGUCUAAACGGUUUAUUAGGUACAUGAGGUACAUGUGGAGUUGAGAACAAAUUGGCCUGACUUCUCCCAUUGCUAAUUAUCAUCUCUUAUUUAAAUGUGUGGAAGUGCAGUUAGGAGUAAGAUUAAAAACCUUAAUUGGAAUUUGAGCAUGUGGCUAGUGAAACCCUGAGUUUAGAUACAGUAUGACAAUGAAAAAUAAACUCUUGCUUUGAUUACUGUUCUGGGUGAGUGCAGAAUCCUCCCCUGAAUUUGAAAGCACCACUCAUGCAGUCGUCCUGUUUUGAACUGUUGUUCUGUGUCAUGCAGUCGUGAAUGACCUGUGCUCUGCAUAUUUUUUCUGUAGUCGUGGUUACCAUGCUUGGCUAUUACUAAGGCAGUGAAGGUGCAGAAAUAGUCUUCAGUUUAUACUGGAAUGGAAAAUCUGUCUUGUGGAAUGAGCUGCUGGCUCUUCCUUAGCUGAGUUGCUGCCUGUUCCUGAUGUUGUCUAGAAGUUUUAUAGCAGCAUCACUGCAAAACUGAGAUGACUUUGUUAAAUUCUAUGCCCCUGUUGCUUUUGUGGGGAAUACUGGCUUUCAGUGGGAAUUUACCCAAAAAGUAGCAUUUCUUAUUCCCAUUUGCAGAAAUGGGAGUAAUACAGGUGUUUGCCUACAGAAGAAACUUGCCAUACCGCAUGUGGUGUAGGAGGGAGAUAAACAGAGUGUGUGUCAGUUGCACAAGUAGGAAGUCUGCACAAUUUUUCCAUUACUAAUACUGUUUCUAUUGUCAAGCUACUGUCAAAGUUUCUUCUAAGAUGGGGUUCAAAUAUAAAACAAUAAGAGGGAAUCUGAAUAUGUCUGGCAUAGCUCUUAGCAGGCUUGCACAGGAGAGAAAAGCCUGGAGAAAAGAUCAUCCAUUUGGAUUUGUAGCAGUACCUACAAAAAAUCCAGAUGGCACAAUGAAUCUAAUGAACUGGGAGUGUGCUAUUCCAGGAAAGAAAGGGACACCAUGGGAAGGAGGCUUAUUUAAACUAAGGAUGCUUUUCAAGGAUGACUACCCUUCUUCACCCCCAAAAUGUAAAUUUGAACCACCGUUAUUCCACCCAAAUGUGUAUCCUUCAGGCACCGUGUGUCUCUCCAUCUUAGAGGAGGAUAAGGACUGGCGGCCAGCAAUCACAAUUAAACAGAUCUUGUUAGGCAUACAAGAACUUCUAAAUGAACCAAAUAUUCAAGACCCAGCUCAAGCAGAGGCUUACACAAUUUACUGCCAAAACAGAGUGGAAUAUGAAAAGAGGGUUCGAGCACAAGCCAAGAAGUUUGCACCAUCAUAAGCAUUUGUCACACAGCAUCUUAAAAAGGAAGGGAUUGGUUUGGCAAGAACUUGUUUACAAAACUUUUGCAAAAUGUAAUGUUGCUAUGUACAAUUAAUAUCCACAUAAGGGGAGGGGGUUGUAUGUGUGCCAUUUUCCAUAUUCGCCAGUUGUAUACAGUUCUAAAUUUGCUGAAUUACCCCCAGUUUUUUCAUACAGGGUCUCUUCCUUCAGUCUUUUGUAUUUUUGAUUGUUAUGUAAAACUUGCUUUUAUUUUAAUAUUGAUGUCAGUAUUUCAACUGCUGUAAAAUUAUAAACUUUUAUACUUCUAUAAAUUCACUAGUAUCUCUAGUUACUUUGCUAUCUGAUGCAGGCAUGCUUUAAAAUGUUAGAACUAUAUUUAGCCUCUAGCUGGCUGUAUGAAAAAAAAUCAUGCCCUCCACCCCCUUCCCUCCCUGAAUUUGUUUUUUCUAUCUUUCAGAAACUAGGUUGUUAUUGCUUAAGAGCCUCUGAGAUCCAAAGUUAGCCAGCAUCCUUAUUCUGCAUCACUUUCUUUGUGUUUAUAUGACAUUCUGUCUGUGUUGCUGUUUAGAGUAAAUAAACUGUUUAUAUAAA